UUGGGCCAGACUGCCCGCUGAUCUCACGAAGAUCAGCCGAAAAUUCUUCUUAUUCUUCGUAUUGCUUUCAGCGCGAUCGCUGUUUUUUGUGAUCAGUUUUUUUCGAGUUUGGCACGUUUUUCUGUAAAAAUUUUACCAAAAGUGUCCUAAAAGUUGAGAAAUUGUUUAAAAAUCCUGUGUUUUAUGUUCCUGUUUAAUAAAAAUGAGGAAGUCCUUAGAGUCCAGAACUACUGUAGAUUUGCACAAGGCCCUAAAGAGCGGAGAUAUUGCCCACAGUGUUCUCGUGAAGAGUCUAAUUGAGGCAUACAAGAGAGAUGAUACCAGCAUCAUUGGGAAUUUCCUGGAGCUCUUCCUGAAGUCUCUGGGAACUUGCUGUGAAAUCAAUUUGGGAAGGGUGGCUAAUGCCAUACAGAAGGGGCUUUUGUUGGAUUUUGUCAAGGAAAUUCUCAUCUCAAUUGAAAACUACGAUGAGGAUAAGUACAUUUUCAAUGAUCCUACGACGCUGGAUCAUCUCAAUGAAUUCCUCCAAGAGUUUUGUUCAUCCAACAAUCCCAUUCUGAGAGAUGUUAAAAUAAUGGAUUUACUAACGGUUAGCUUGGCCACCUUUACACAAUUCCCCACAGAGUACACAAUCUCCAUUGGCGCCUAUUUCUCCUUGAAGUUUGCGCAUGAUUUGGAAAUAUUGCGUGUUGAGAUGAAGAGAAAAGCCCAAACUUCAGCCUCUAGCAGGGAUGAUGAGUUCUUGGAAAUGAUUGAACAUUUCCUAAAGAAUACCUACGUGAGCCUUGCACUCUCUCGUUCGUGCCUCGAUCACUUUUCCACAUACCUCAGUGCUCUGGUUCGUUCCUCGCCGGAAAUCUACAUUAUGGACAGGAGUAUCCUGGAGCAGCUGAUGUCCAUUGUUCUUGUGAAGCACAAAUGUGCCAAAGAAGCUCUCACUCUCUUCGAUUACAUCCUAAAGAAUACCGGCGACACGGUAAAGAUGUGCCUCGUGGAAUUCCUCGCAAACUACACGGACACACUGAUAAAACUAAUGUCCGUUGAUAAUGUUUCGGUUCAAGUUGCCGCAAUUAAGGUUCUCCUUUCAUGUCAAAGAUUGAUGGGAAAAGUUGCUUUUCUCCUGCCGAAUCAAAAUCAAAUGGUCUACCGGAAGAUGACAUCAACCAACAACAACAUGCGCGAAUGUGCGAAGAGGUUUUUUAUGAACACCUACACCAAUCCCAAUACAAUGGUUGAUGCUGGGAAACAAACAAUGCUUAAGGCUCUCAUGAUUCAGUGCGAGAAAUAUCCGGACUCACUGCAGAAUGUCCCGGUGAUUAUUAAUCUCCUUUGGAGGAACCUUCCGCCCUUUGAUGACUUUGUCAAUCAAGUUUGCGCCACAAAGAAUCCCAUUGCGUACAAAAUCUUCUUUUUCCUCGUGAAGAAAAUAAUGGAGCCGGACGUUUCGGAGGAAAUCAGGCGAAACCUUAUAAAUGAAAUUCUCCAGAAAUUCCGCUAUUUUGCAGCUGCAUGCGAGGAUGUGCACGAAAUGCACGUAACUGUCAUUGAUAUGCUCUUCCAUAUGAAUCUGAAGAAGUACCUGACUCACCAGCAUGAUGUGUCAAUGAGGCAAAUGGUGGAGUUUACAUUGGAUAAAAUGAAGAAUACAACAGACAUCCCGACACUCUACAUGAUGAACAUGCUGCUGUAUCAGCUCGCGGAGAUUAAUUCCUUCGCAACGGAGAAGAUAAAGUCCGUGAUGAAGGAGUGGGCCGGGAGAUUCAUUGAGAGACGCGAUGAAAGCGUCUUGGAGCAUCUAAGUUCAGCUGUCUACGUUCACAAUACAAAUGAAGUUCUGCCCCAGAAGAAACGAACGGAUCUCCUUCGUAUUACAAAGAGUAUAAUUGAUGAGGUUGACUCACACAACAAUCGGAUCAUUCAUCACAUUAUUCUCAUUCAUGCUGAUCUUCUCUGUACAAAUUGGGGGCAGCCGGGGGCUGAUCGUGCCGAGCUGAAGAAAGUAGCGAAGGAACUCAUUGAUUUUCAUAUCCUUCCCUUCAUGACGUUUGACUUUCGUGAUGAUCAGAUUUUCAAUUUGAAGAUACUACAGGCCUUCUCGCUGAUCUUGGCACACUUUGUGAAGCACAAAGUCCGCGAAAUGAAUACAAUGUGGGGUGAAAUGCAAGUAACAUUCUACAAAUUCAUUCAGCAGGCAAUCUUCUCGUCCCUCCCGAAAUACGAUGAUGAGGAGAAUGACAAGAGCAUUGAGAUUUGUCGAACAAUCAUGAAUUGCGUGUACAACACCAUUGAUAUCGUUCAAUCACCAAAUCUUCCCGUUCACAGCUCUAUCAGCAAGUACAUCUUCCAUCUGGUUAAGUCUUACUUCUACCAAGACGCCGUUCAUGAUUUUUUGGUUUUAUUGGCCAAGAAUAAGGAUAAUCUCAUCAAAAUCUUGGGUUCCGUUUGCCACUGCUUCACCUUCUACACGGAUGAAAAGUCAAUUCGUUUGUUCUUCCAAGAGGUGGACCGGGUGAUUGUCUCCAUGGAACCUGAUGAGGCCAUGAGGAAUGAUUAUCGGCACCGAAUUGUUCUGCACUACAUUGAAAAUGUGGGGAAUUUUAUAAAGAAAAAGUACGAAGAGGGUGAAGGGAGUCAACAGUCAACGGAGGAGGCUGCUAAAACGCGCCUUGGUGUCUUGCGCUACACAAAGGAUCUCCUAAAGCACUGCAAUGCGGACCAGAAGAAGGAUAUAAUCAAUGCUCAGAAGGAAUUCUUCAAGGUGGAGUACUUGAAUAGUGUUGAGAAGGAGUCGGUGAAGGCAUUUGUUAAAUCACUUUCGUAAUUUUUCAUUUUUGUAUUAAGAGGAGAGAUUUAGUCAGAAUUAAAACCAAUUUCUUCCUCAAA